GCGGAGUUGUGUGAAGCGGCGAGGGCCGACAACAUGGAGCUGGAGCGAGGGUGAGGUCAGGCUGCGGGCUGGGAAAAGGGCGAGAGGCGGUAGGAACGGCUCAGGGAGCCGCUGCAGAUCGGGUUCCGGAGCAGACGGGUGUCCUGGACAGGGCAGUGGGUCCCGGGACCACCCUCUUACUGAACUCCGGGGAUCAAACCGACUUUACUUCUCACGCGUCAACAUUAGCCUUCCUUCAGUUUAAGAAGUUUUUCUGAUCGUGAAGUUAGGAGAGUCCUCUGGCACACCGGAAGGAUGGUCACCCUUGGGAAAACCGUUUUGGCUCUUUGGACGCUCUGUUCCCUCUGCGCCUUCAUCCAAGGUGAAGAGGUGGUGCCGUGUGUACCUGGCUGUAAACUGGCGCAUGGACACUGUGAGAAGGCUGGGGUGUGCAGGUGUGACCCUGGAUGGGAGGGUGAACUUUGUGAACAGUGCGUCCAGUCUCCAGGCUGUAUACAUGGAACCUGUCACCAGCCUUGGCAGUGCAUCUGUGAGAAUGGUUGGACUGGAAGAUUCUGUGACAAAGAUAUUCACCCAUGCAGUCAAAGUCCCUGCGAGAAUGCUGGCCAAUGUUUUGAUGAUGGAGAGGGUGAUUACUGGUGUACAUGCCCUGAAGGCUUCUAUGGGAAAAACUGUGAACUACAAGCUGGCCCCUGUGCUAAAGCUGGGUCUCCCUGCAGGAAUGGUGGGACAUGUUGGGACGAAAAUGGCUUUGCUGCCGCCUUUGUGUGCCGUUGCCUGGCAGGAUUUGUGGGCCCUCUGUGUGAGACAGAUGUCGAUGACUGCCUGAUGCGGCCAUGUGCCAACGGGGCCACUUGCCAAGAUGCGGUCAACCGCUUCACCUGCCUGUGCCCCACUGGCUUCGAGGGCCGUUUCUGUACCGUCAAUCAGGACGAUUGCGUGAGCCAGCCCUGCCAGAAUGGUGCCAAGUGCUACGACCGCAUUGCAGACUUUGACUGUGUUUGUCCUGAAGGUUACUCCGGAAAAACCUGCACUGAUUUCACAUGGAUUCGCAAUGAAGAGUUGGUGACCAAACCUCUGAUGGGAGGGUACUAUGAAAGUGCUUACAAAGUUAGGAGCGUGACUGACCAGCGACCGUGGCCCAGCAACCCAGAUACAGUCAGUGCCAGAAGGCAUGCUCAUGAUGACAGCGGCAGAAGGCAGGAGAAUGAGAAGGUGCAGCUCAAGGUGGCCGUGAAGGAGGUGAUAGCAGGGAGCAGCGUCCCUGUCACACACCAGCAGCUCAUGUGGCUCAGCAUCUUUGGGGCUCUGACCCUGCUCCUGGCAUUGGCCACCAUUCUGGUGGUGUUGAAGUAUCGCUCUGGCUGUCACUGCACUCAUAACCACCUCAGGUGUUUGCAACAACAAGCAGCACCAAGUCCCGAGGAGGAUGGCAACAUUGCUUUCCUACACACUGCUGGUCCCCAGGACAGGAAAGACUUCUACCUGGAUCCAAUAUAAAGGACCAAAGGCCUGAGACUGGGGUGCCCAUACAUUCGUUAUCAACUUUCUCCUUCAGUGCAAACUUUCAGAAUGAAUUUGCAUCCAAGGGUGAGAUAAAAGCCCUGAACACUUGGAUGGGUUGAACUCUAUUCUCUUCCCCAGGACUGGGGUGUAGAAGUUUCAGCUGCAGACCAGUGAAUCCCACAGAGAAAGACUUGUGUUCAACGGAGAAAUAUCCCAAAGAGCUUCACUUCCAUCGGGAAAAAAUGCGAAACUACACAGUGAGGAUAACUGAGAUUACCUUGUCCAAGAGCUCACCUGAGUUUUGUGUGCAUGAGAUUAAUUAGGAAAGAGCAGAGUAACUGGACUGGGCUCCGUGGAUCGAAUGAAUGGAACCAAUGACAAGGAUUUCAUUAACAAUUUCAAAGCACCAUUGACCACCCUUGUGUUAGCCAGGGCUCUGCUCCAACCUGCUGUUUCACCACGUACACACUGAGCAGGAACUGGUCUCCGACAGCUGAAUCAGACACAGGGACUCAGCUCUACAGCUCUGGAUAUUACAGUAACGAUAUGUAAUUUGUUUUCUGACCUGACCUUCAUAGCACAAGAGCAGAUCACCAGAAGAGGGUGAAUGUUUUUGCCAGUUUGUUUUAGGUGCUGAAUGUAUUAGAAAUUCAAACCUCACUGCCACCCCCUCUGGGGAGAGUUGGACCACACGAGUAUACAUAGCUUCAAGGAAGCAGUCAAGUGUGACUGUUGUGACAACAGAGUUAUCAUCACCAUGGUCCUCUCCCAUUGGCGGAAGGGCAGCAUGGAUUCCAUCCAUCUGGAGGUGUGCUGGAUGUAGUGUUACCCAGCACUGGAACUUGCCUUUCCUCCCACCAUGUCCAUGCUGGCCAUCACACGCCAACCUAUGUUAAUCUCACUCUCCACCACUAGGCCCGCAGAUGUCUAUACAUGGUGAUUCAAGUUCUCAUGUAAAUACUUAGAGCUGUGAAAAUAGCAGCUUCUGGAUGUCAAAUAUCCUCAGGGUCAAAUAUUUAUCCUCACAUCACCUCAACCUACCUGUUAUUUUUUUAACUCCCUGUUUAUGCGGGGGAGAUGUCUCUCAAUAUUGACCCUCUCUGCCUUCUGUAUUGCACAUGUCUGUCAGAUUCUCCCGACAACAUCCUCUGCUCCAGGGAAAACAAACUCAGCCUCUCCCAACUUUUCUCAGAGCUGGAAUUACCCAUCUCAAAUUCUGGUGUAUCUCCUCUGCACCCUUUCAACAGGAAUCACACCAUUCUUCUGAUGUGUCGACCUGAUCUACACAUAGAACUCCAGCUCUUGCCUGACUGGUCUUUUAUAAAGUGGGACCCUCGUCCUACAUCUCCCUGGCCCUACAUUCAAAGCCCUGGAUAAGAGAGGCAAAGUAUCCCAUUUGCUUUCAUUAACACUUUAUCUAGCUGUUCUUUUGCCUCUGGGAUACUUUGGCAUGCACAGUACAACAAGAUCCUCUAUACCUCAGUAUUUCCUGGGGUUUUAACUUUCAUUAUGUAUGUAUUGGCAUUAUUAGUCCUCCUGAAAAGGUUCACCAUAUAAUUAGGAUUAAAUUUCAUCUGCCAUUGCUCUGCCCGUCUAACUGAACAACACCAGCCAAUAGCUGAAUAUUACCCUUCCUCAACUAAUAUUUUGUCAUCUUCAAACUUACUAACUGCAUCUCCAACGCUGACAUCCAGAUCAUUAACAUGUAGAUAAACAGCAGAUGUCUUGGCACACUGUGGCACACCACUGGCCAUUGUUUUCAUUUGCAUAGACAACCCUCCACCAUCACUCUCAGCUUCCAAUCAUUAAGCCAGUUUUGGAUUCACUUUACCAAUUUGCCUUGCAUCCCAAGGGCUCUCACCUUUUGGAUCAGUCUCCCAUGUGGGCUUUGUCAAAGUCCAAAUGAAAGUUCAUGUAAACUACUUGAAUCACACUGUCAAUGGUACUUAGUCACCUGUUCAAAAAUUCAAUCAAUUUAAUCUGAUGGGUUAUCCCUUUAACAAUUUCUUUUUCCAAUAUCUUCCCCAGAACUGGCAUUAGACUUACUGGAUUGUAAUUACCUUGUCAGGAAACGUAGAGGAGGCUUGACCCAAAAGCAGAGCAGCAAAGACAAUGCAACAAGCUAACUGAAGCCGAGGAGCAAAUGGUUGAAGCUGGCUGGUUCGAAAGCGUGAACGAGGAUUGUGGAUGAGAGCUGGGUUUAAAAAGGCUGUAGGUGAUGAAUUGGAAACGAGCAGCAGAUGACUCCUGUUAGCUGUGUGGAGACUAGCAGGUGCCUGCCUGUGCAGGCCUCACAUACCUGCUUUACCUCUACUGUCCUGUACAGUCCUUCAGCCACUGGUGAUUUGUCCAAGCCCCAGCUACUUUUCCCUUGCCUCCAGCAGCAGCUGAGGAUACAUCUCAACAGGCCCUUGGGAUUAAUCCACCUUUAAUCCAUUAACAUACCUAAUAUCUCCUAUUUUAAAAUAGUAUUUUGUUCUUGAUAAGUUUUUUACUGCGCAACUGCCUUUUCGUGGCCUUUCUUUAUCUAACACCUUUGACUCUAUCAAUCCAGAGGGACAGCUGGCUGGUUGCAGUUCAUUUCAAUUGUAUGUCUGCUUUGUAAUUGUAUGUAUGCAAGCUGCGAGACUUCCCAGUAUGUCCACAAUAGACUGCUGCCACCCCAACAAAUUUUCUCAUCUUUCUUAAUGUAGGGCUGCACGUCACCACUACAACUUCUUCCUGGAUUGAAGGCUGUCUGCUGCAAAACUAAUGGGAACUAUUAACCCAGCCAGUCACUUACAAUCUUACAACCUCCCUCAACAAAGUGCAUGAAUGCGCCCUUGGGUUUAAGUAACAUGGUGCAGAGAGCUGGUUAAUGACAGCAUUAAUGUGUCCUGUAGAGGAGGCAAUGUGAGUCAUUUCCCCUCCAUCAGGUGAUGCAUUCACAGAGCUGGGGAGUGUACAGAGGUCACAGAUUGAGGGGUUACAGCAGCAACACCUGGUACGGUUAAUUUUGACAUUAUUCUGCAGCUGCAGGGUAAUAUUUAAUAUUUUCUAUUUCACUCCCUUGUAAAUAAUUUAUUUUAAGCACUGUUAUAAUGUGAAGAUGAGAUGUUUGGAUUUUAACUAUUUUUGAUACUUGAAAUUUUAAAGAUUCGAAUAAAGAAAUUAUUUGU